CUGCAAUUUUGAUCUUGUCUACCGUAUAUGAGCCAAAUUUCUCCGCGUGCGUAUCAAAGAGAAACCCCCUGAUUCACACAGCUGCUGAUGGAGAGAACCACUACUGUACCGUAAAGGAGGAGGGCGGAGCCUAAGACUCCCCGCCCACUCGGCAAAAUGGCAGCCAGCAUGGAGAACGUGGAAGAAAUUCGGAAUCGAGUAAUAUUGGGAGAAUUUGGUGUGACGAAUGUUCAUACUACGGAUUUCCCUGGAAACUACCCCGGAUAUGACGACACUUGGAACGUGGAGAAAUUUCAAAAGAACUUCAGAAUCGACGUCGUGCAUCUGGAUGAAAACAGUAUGGAGUUCGACAUGGUGGGGAUCGAUGCAGCCGUUGCCAACGCCUUCAGAAGGAUCUUACUGGCAGAGGUGCCUACUAUGGCUACAGAAAAGGUGUUCAUCUAUAGUAACACCUCCAUUGUCCAAGACGAAGUCCUGGCCCACAGAUUAGGCCUCAUCCCCAUCAAAGCUGACCCUCGUCUGUUUGAGUACAGAAACUCUGGGGAGGAGUCUGCAGAGGAAGAGGGUUCAGAAAUAGACACAAUUCAACUGCAGCUGAAGAUUAAGUGCAGCAGGAAUCCCAGAGCAAGCAAAGACUCAUCAGACCCACGAGAGCUGUACUUAAACCACAUGGUUUAUUCCAAGGACAUAAAGUGGGUGCCCAUUGGGAACCAGGCAGACGUGUUUGCAGACUGCUGUAUUGGGCCUGUGCAUGAUGACAUUCUGAUAGCUCAGCUACGACCGGGACAAGAGCUGGACAUCGUCAUGCACUGUGUCAAAGGAAUUGGCAAAGACCAUGCCAAGUUCUCCCCAGUAGCCACAGCGAGUUACCGCCUCCUCCCAGAGAUCACCCUCCUGGAGGUGGUGGAGGGAGAGAAGGCGGAGCGAUUAAAACAGUGCUUCUCACGAGGAGUUAUAGACCUGGAAGAUAUUAAUGGGACAAAGGUUGCCAAAGUUGUGAACAGUCGCCUGGAUACAUGCAGCCGGGAAGUCCUCCGACACAGUGACCUGAAGAAUGUGGUGAAGCUUGGACGAGUGCGAGACCAUUUCAUCUUUACAGUGGAAUCCACCGGGAUCCUGCCUCCAGACGUCUUAGUCACAGAGGCGAUUAAGGUCCUCAUGGCUAAAUGUCAGAGGUUUCUCAAUGAACUGGACUCGACGGUUAUGGAAUGAAAGGAUGACGGAGCAGCCCGUCAGACCUCGGAUGGUUGCUGUCAGUGGAAUGACUGUGUUCAAAUAUUCUAUACUGAUAAAGGGUACACAGAAAUUUCAAAAUGCAGGUGUUUUGUGGUAUCAUCUGAGUAUGUAUAUACAGCUUUGUCUGGUGUUUUGUAUACUUUCCAUUAAACAAAUGUUGAAUUGAA